AUGGAAUAUUCAUGCAUCGAAUUGGAUGAUAUACCUGAUGAAAUUCUUCUCAUUAUUUUUCAAAAAUUAGACAAUAUUGAUGUACUUUACUCCUUGCAUGGUGUUAAUAAACAAUUGAAUAAAACAAUACGUGAUCCAAUAUUUACAACUAGUUUGAACUUUGUCAAAUGGUCAUCUAACAAAUUUCUUAAUAAAUUAUCUUCUAAUGUGAUACUUAAUCGAUUUUGUUUACAAAUUUUACCUGAUAUUUCUAUUAAAAUCAAAUGGUUUCAUCUUGAAUCAUCAUCUAUAAAACGUAUUCUACGUGCUGCUAAUUAUCCUAACUUAUAUGAACUCGGUCUAUACAAUAUGAAAGAAAAGACAGCUAGACGUCUUUUUAUCGAUGAAAGACUUUCAUCUAGUAUUUUUAAAAGGCAAAUAAAAAGACUGAUUAUAACAACUGAACCCAAUAAAAAUUAUUUAUUGGCAAUCACAAAAACCCCAAAUCUAAAAUGUUUUGUUCUAUCAUGUGCUUGGGAAAUGACAUAUUUCGAUGAAUUUUUUUUGCAACUUCUUUAUCGAAUGUCAAAUUUAGAAAAACUUGGUUUAUAUAUUACGACCUAUGUCCGUGAUACAUUUAUUGAUGGAAAUUAUUUGAAGAAAAAUAUUUUCAAUCGUAUGCCACAAUUAAAUGAAUUUUCAUUUGAUUUUCGUUCUCUUUUAUUUAUUAAUAAUCAAAUCAAUUUCCCAUCAAACGAAGAUAUUCAACGAACAUUCACAGAUUUUCAAUAUAAUAAAAUAAUAUCUUAUGUUAAUCAUUUUCUAGAAGAAAACCAGGCUCAAUGUCAUGUUUAUUCAUAUCCAUCUCAAAUCCAAUAUUAUCAAAGAAUAACAAAUCAUUUUCCAGGUGGAAUAUUUAAAUAUGUUCGUUUAAUAUCAUUAUAUGAUGAACAUCCUUUUGAACAUGAAUUUUUUAUUCGUAUUUCUCAAUCAUUUCCAUUUAUUGAAAAAUUAUCUUUGAUUAAUAAUCAAACACAAACAAUCUCACAAUUCAUAAAUUGUUAG